CAGCGUCAGAACACCUCUCACCCAUCUCGUACAUGAAUCAUUAGUGGGAAAAUUUGAAGUCUCAUACAAUCUCCUUUAUAGUACAAUGAUUAGUCUGUUCUGAUAUUUCCCAUAGACAUACUAGUAUAAAUAGGACAGCUACACCGCCACACAUCUCAUCUAGAAGUCAUGCUCUACCAGCUUCUUCAUACGGUUUUGUCAGUAACUGGCGUCACGCUCAAUGCGUUUAUGAUGUAUCUGGCGCUGACAAAAUCACCGAAAAUUAUGCGUCCAUGUUCGGCAAUCAUCACAAUUAAGACGUUCACUGAUAUUUUGACGUCGGCAAUGAGCUUUUUCGUAAUGCAAAGAAUCGUCACUGAUGGAUCUUCCAUUUUGGUCAUUCCAACUGGACCAUGCACUCGUCUCGGCCCAACUGCUUGCUAUGUCGGGCAUAUGUUCAUGUUAUGUUUCUUGGAGUGCAACUUAAUUUGGAUGAUAUCAUCCUACAUUUUUCGUUAUUACAUUCUUUAUGUUCGUGAUCCUUCAAUCAAAAGUCUUGUCUUCGUUGCACUCUGCUUAUCAAUCCCAUCCUUCAUCCAUAUGGCCGCCUGGAUCAGGUCAUACGAUCCAAACGAAGCAUUCGUUGUUCCAGACUCUUUUGGAUUGGCAUCAAGUCAUUUGAUUUUGGGAGGUCAUAUUGUCUACCGGUCAACAAUUACGCUUAUCUUGCAACUAUUUAUCACAUCCGUUCUGGUUCUGAUUGCUUAUGCAUGGAUUCGGAAUACACUUCUAAGUUUUGCCAUCAAAAUGGGUUCCGAUAAAAACGAUGUGAAAAAUCUAAAUGCACGACUUGUAAAGGUUAUCAAUUUCCAAGUGUUUCUUCCAACCUUCAUCUUUCUGGGAUUCUUCAUAUUUGCAGCAAUGUUCGGUCGUUAUAUUACUGUGAAUAUUGCUCAAUAUCUCGUCUCUAUUGCUUUCAUGUUUUCCCCAAUCUGCUCACCAUUUUCUUAUAUCCUUUUUGUUCCUCAUUACCUGAAUGUGAUAACCGGAAACAAGAAGCCGGCCGAAAAUCGUGCGACGGAUAUGUGUGCUGUUAGAGCAUUCAAGAAUCCAAAUGUCUCUGUUACAAUGACUAAUGCAUGAUUUUGUGAAAACUUUUUAUUUGAAAAAAAAGCAUAAAAUGAAACAUUUUUAAAAUUGACUACAUAGAAAUUUAUGCAAAAUAAAGAAUAUUU